AUGGUGUUGGAGGUUCAGGUUGUGACUGACUGUCCACAGCCGAGGUCCGAAUUUAUAUACCCAGCCUUCACAAUGGUGUUUGCUGUGCUGUCCGUCUUCCUCCUUGUGGCCUCAGCCAUGGCCAGCCCCAUGCCCGAGCCUGGCUAUCGUCGCCAUGGUGGCUAUGGUGGUGGUUAUGGCGGAUAUGGUGGUGGUUAUGGCGGAUAUGGUGGUGGUUAUGGCGGAUAUGGUGGUGGUUAUGGCGGAUAUGGUGGCGGCUAUGGCUACGGAGGUGGAUAUGGCGGCUAUGGUAGAGGUUAUGGCGGAUAUGGUGGUGGAUAUGGCGGUGGACACGGUGGCUAUGGAUAUGGAAGAUAA